CGUUGGUAGCGACCGUUGGUGUCACCGGAAGUACUUAAUAGCUCACUUGUUAGCUGUGAAAUAAGCAAGAGCUUGAACCACUGUUGAACAAAUUUAAAGGAUUUUACACAUUCCCUCUGAUAUUUCCAUUCCCCCUCCGAUGUAAUUACAGUGCAUGUAUGUGAACUAAUGGCGAACACGUUGGAUUUUAGGACCCAUGUUGACCAGUCAUGCAGGUACUCUGAAGAAUUUGUCAACAUUUAUUAUGACUGCAUGGAUAAGAAAAGGAGGAACUUGACCCGACUCUACCUGGACAAAGCGACCCUGGUGUGGAAUGGGAAUGCAGUGUCAGGACAGGAUGCUCUUGGCGAGUUUUUUGAGGCGCUGCCUUCAAGCGAGUUCCAAGUGCAAACACUGGACUGCCAGCCAGUUCAUGAACAAGCAACCCAAGGCCAGACGACACUACUCGUGGUGACUGGUGGGACAGUAAAGUUUGAAGGAAACAAGCCACGCUUCUUUGACCAGAACUUCCUUUUGACAGCUCAGGCCUCGCCAAACAAUGACCAGCCUGUUUGGAAGAUUGCAAGUGACUGUUUCCGAUUUCAAGACUGGAACAGCUGAGACUCCUUAUCUGUGCACUUCUUUUCUAUCAAUACUCAUCAGUUAUUACCAAGGAACUGUGUGUUUAUUUUUGCUUUUAUAAUAAAAAUCAGAGGUCAUACAACA